UGUGUCAUUGUGUCUGUCAGGUUCCUAUAAGGUGUGAGGAUGUCACUGUCUAUUUCUCCAUGGAGGAGUGGGAGUAUAUAGAGGAACACAGGGGUCUGUACAAGGACAUGAUGAUGGAGAAUCACCGGCCCCUCACAUCACUGGAUGGGGCCAGUAACAGGAAUACCCCAGAGAGAUGUCCCCGUCCUCUUUAUUCCCAGGAUCAUACAGAGGCGAGUCACAGUGUCCUACAGGAGGAUCAGGGUGAAGAUCUUAUUGAUGUUAAAGUAGAAGACAUAAAAGUAGAAGAGCAGACGCAUGUGGUGGGUGGUCUGCAGUGUAAGGAGGAGGAAAUCCCUACAGAUAUCAGCACAGACUCCUCUAAAGAUCCAUCUACUGAUAUAAAGGAGGAAUCAGUCUCAUGUGAUGGAGACCUCACACAUACUGACAUGUAUACAGCCGCAGAUCAUACACAGAAAAUAUCUACUCAUCUAAAAAGCAACUGCAUUACAAAUGCGUCUUGCUCUGGAUGUGAAAAAUGUUUUACUCUUAAUUCAGACCUUGUUAUACAUCAGAGGAGUCACACAGGAGAGCCACCAUAUUCCUGCUCAGAAUGUGGGAAAGGGUUUAGAAGUAAUUCAGAACUUCUUGUACAUCAGAUGAUUCAUACAGAUGAAAAACUGUUUUCUUGCUCAGAAUGUGGGAAAUGUUUUAAAGUAAAUUCAUAUCUUGUUAGACAUCAGAUGAUUCAUACAGGAGCAUCCCCAUAUUCCUGCUCUGAAUGUAAGAAAUGUUUUAGAUGUAAAUCAGAACUUGUUAUACAUCAGAGAAGUCACACAGGUGAGAGACCUUAUUCUUGCUCAGAAUGUGGGAAAUGUUUUAACGUAAAUUCACAUCUUGUUAGACAUCAGAUGAUUCAUACAGGAGCAUCCCCAUAUUCCUGCUCUGAAUGUAAGAAAUGUUUUACAUGUAAAUCAAAACUUGUUAUACAUCAGAGAAGUCACACAGGUGAGAGGCCAUAUUCCUGCUCUGAAUGUGAGAAAUGUUUUACAGUGAAAUCAGAACUUUCUCGACAUCAGAGAAUUCAUACAGUUAAGAGACCGUUUUCUUGCUCGGAAUGUGGGAAAUGUUUUACAUGUAAAUCAAAACUUGUUAUACAUCAGAGAAGUCACACAGGUGAGAGGCCAUAUUCCUGCUCUGAAUGUGAGAAAUGUUUUACAGUGAAAUCAGAACUUGUUAUACAUCAGAGAAGUCACACAGGUGAGAGGCCAUAUUCCUGCUCUGAAUGUAAGAAAUGUUUUAGAUAUAAAUCAGAACUUGUUAUACAUCAGAGAAGUCACACAGGUGAGAGACCUUAUUCUUGCUUGGAAUGCGAGAAAUGUUUUCCAAUUAAAUCACUACUUGUUAGACAUCAGAGAAGUCACACAGGUGAGAGACUAUAUUCUUGCUCGGAAUGUGAGACAGUGUGUAUAAGUAAUUCAGAACUUGUUAGACAUCAGAGAAUGCAUACUGGAGAGAAACCAUUUUCCUGCUCUGCUUGUGGGAAAUCUUUUACACGGAAAUCAGAUCUUGCUCGACAUCAGAAAAGUCACACGGGGCAGAGACCAUAUUCCUGCUCUGAGUGUGGGAAAUGUUUUACACGUCUUCCACAUCUUGUUAGACAUCAGAGUCUUCACACCGGAGAGAGACCGUAUUCUUGCUCUGAAUGUGGGAAAUGCUUUACACGUAAUUCACAACUUGUUGUACAUCAGAGACGUCACACCGGAGAGAGACCAUAUUCUUGCUCAGAAUGUGGGGAAGGGUAUAGAAGUUUUCCAGAGCUUGUUAGGCAUCAGAGAUUUCAUACAGGUGAGAUACCAUUUUCUUGCUCGGAAUGUGGGAAAGGGUUUGAAGUAAAGUCUCUACUUGUUAGACAUCAGAUGAUUCACACAGGAGCAUACCCAUAUUCCUGCUCUGAAUGUGAGAGAGGUUUUUCAAUUAAAUCAGAACUUGUUAUACAUCAGAGACGUCACACAGGAGAGAGACCGUAUUCUUGCUCGGAAUGUGGGAAAGGGUUUAAAAGUAAUGCAGAACUUGUUAUACAUCAGAGACGUCACACCGGAGAGAGACCGUAUUCUUGCUCAGAAUGUGGGAAAUGGUUUAGAAGUAAUGCAGAACUUGUUCUACAUCAGAGACGUCACACCGGAGAGAGACCGUAUUCUUGCUCGGAAUGUGGGAAAGGGUUUAAAAGUAAUGCAGAACUUGUUAUACAUCAGAGACGUCACACCGGAGAGAGACCGUAUUCUUGCUCGGAAUGUGGGAAAGGGUUUAAAAGUAAUGCAGAACUUGUUAUACAUCAGAGACGUCACACCGGAGAGAGACCGUAUUCUUGCUCGGAAUGUGGGAAAGGGUUUAAAAGUAAUGCAGAACUUGUUAUACAUCAGAGACGUCACACCGGAGAGAGACCGUAUUCUUGCUCGGAAUGUGGGAAAGGGUUUAAAAGUAAUGCAGAACUUGUUAUACAUCAGAGACGUCACACCGGAGAGAGACCGUAUUCUUGCUCUGAAUGCGGGAAAUGCUUUACAUGCAAUUCAGUACUUACUAAACAUCAGAAAAGUCACACAGGAGUGAACCCAUGAUAUAGGUCUGAGUGUAAGGAGAGGGAGUUAUAGUUAUAGGAGAGGGAUACAGUCCGCCCACAGCACAAGUACAGAAGCAUCGCACAGCGGCCAUGUUUAUGUACUAGUGGAGUAACUCCCGGCCAGCGCAGCUCCUGCAGUUGGCCGGGAGUUGAUCGUCGCAGCGGCUGCGUGUGAUGUCGCACGGCCACCACCCCCCCCCCCCCCCCCCCCUCCCCACGGUCUGGCCACACCUUCGUUUGCCGGACUGCACCCCCAUAAGGAUGGCCAAACACCGUCGUGCUGCCCCCUCCCGCCCUGCGACCGCCUCUGCCUGUCAAUCAGGCAAUGACGCAGUUCCUACCCAAUCUCUGCGAUAAACUGCAGCGAGCGAUCGGGUUGGAAUGACCCCCUAUGUAUUGUAAAUAACUGGCGCAUUAAAAAAUGUCCAAGUGUGACGGGCAACCCGCACCUCUGGCCAACAGGGAUGGCAUUACAUCCGGCCCUAAAUGUUACGAUUAGCCAAGACCUUGACCAAAUAAGAUUUUACUCACCGGUAAAUCUAUUUCUCGUAGUCCGUAGUGGAUGCUGGGAACUCCGAAAGUACCAUGGGGAAUAGCGGCUCCG